AAGAACCCUUUCCCACAUGCCAUGGCUCGUGCUGGCACAUGGAGCCACACCGCACAACACGGGUGAGAAGGACACUGUGGGCGCUCCCAGGAAAGCCGCCGUGCCUUGCCCAGGGAAAGGAUCCUCCUCUGACAGCAAAAUCCUUGUGCUCUCAGUGAGGUCCACCCCACUGGAGCAACAUCUGCUUUGUGAACUCCUGUCUGUCAUGCCCGAGGAACAUCUGUUUCAUCAGCACCCCGGAGGAGCAUCCCUCACGCCCCGGCGACAUCGCUCACGCCGGGGCUGGCCCCUCACGCCGGGGCUGGCCCCUCACGGCCCGGCAGCGUCUCUCACGGCACCGCAGCUCUCUCCCACCGCCGUAACACCACCGGGACCCCGCAAUCGGCCCCAGCCCCUCGCUCCGCUGUCCCGUGUCCCUGCUGCGGGCUCACCCGGAGCUCCUGCCCGGCGGCGGCUCGGCCCCGACGUUCCCUGCCCGCACAGGGCCCGGCCGCCGCGGGGCUCCGCGCAGCCCGACCCCGCAGCCCCGCUCCGCCCCGACCGGCGGCCUCACGGGGCCGGGGGCGCCUGCCGGGCUCGGCGGCAAAGCGCGGACGCCUUUCCCGGGCUGCGAGCAGCGGCAGACCCCCGGUACCGCCCGCGCCGCCUCCCGCCCCUUCGGGGGCCGCGCAGGGAGGCGUCCGGCCCCGCGACGAGCCCAGCCCGGGGGUCCGCAGCGCCCGGCGCGGCCGAACACCUCCCGGCCCCCGGCCUCCUCCUCCCGCCCUCCUGCCGC